GCCAUUCGCUGUCGGAUGAUUUUUCUUAAUUCCACCCUUCGCAGAAAUGGACAUGCUUGGCUCUCUCGUCUGGAGACGCGCUGGAAGAGCCUGACUGCGGGUGGCCAAUCGGGCGCUAUUGAUCGUACGCAAAACUCGGCAUGUGCGAGACAGCAUCCAGCUUGACUGUGAAGGAAUACCGGUUUGGAAGGGGUCAGAAAAAAGGAGACGGGGAUGAGCCGACCUGUGCGUUGGUGGUGCUGAUUCCUGAGGUUCUUGAUCCUCAGUAUGGUAUGUAUGUAUGGCCUUGCGCAGUGGUUUUGGCCCAGUAUAUCUGGUUUCAUAGAAGACUUGUCUGUGGCAAGAGAAUACUGGAGAUCGGAGCAGGUGUGAGUCUUCCUGGAAUAGUGGCAGCAAAAUGUGGAGCUCAAGUAAUAUUAUCAGAUAAUGCAGAGUCCCCUCAGUGUCUCAACAACUGCCAAAGAAGCUGCCAGAUAAAUAACCUCUCUGGGGUGUGUGUUAUAGGACUUACCUGGGGUCAUAUAUCACCCUGUCUGUUGAUGUUAGCCCCAGUUGACCUUAUUUUGGCAUCUGAUGUAUUUUUUGAACCAGAAGACUUUGAAAACAUUAUAAGCACAGUGCACUAUUUAAUGGAAAAGAACCCACAUGCCCAAUUUUGGACUACUUACCAAGUCAGAAGUGCCAACUGGUCUAUUGAAGGAUUACUAUACAAGUGGGGGAUGGAAAGUACAUGUGUGCCAUUGCAGUCAUUUGAAGCCAACAAGGAACAACUUGCAGGGUCUUCUCUUCCAGGGAUGCACACUAUUCAAAUGAUAGUUAUCAGUAAAAAAAUAAAGGAUUGAAAUCUGUUCUG